GCUAGGACACUAGUUUUGCUGCCAAAACUCUGUCAAUGGAAACACCAAUGCUCUAGGCAGGAGGCAGAUCUUUUAGGUACUCGAUCACGUCGGAAGCAUAGACAUAUAUAUUUAUGGUCGGAAUGUUUACCUGAACCUAGCUUCAACUCAAUGUAUUCUAGAUGAACAGCAGGACAUUGUGCUGUAAACACUCCCUUUAAAUGCAUUUCUUAAUAUCAGAAUUAAAAAAAGACGGUUCAGUCACAGUUAUUCAGUACUCUUAAUAAUCCGACUUUUACGGGACAGGGAAAGUGUCGGACUAUCAAAGAUCAACAAUGAGCACUCGAGAAGAAGAGUCUCGUCAGAAUAUUCCCGCAGGUAUAGUCAAGGCCAUAGCAAUGCUCGGGAAAAAGCACAAGUUUGAGGACUUUGAAGUGAUUAUUGAAGGGGAAAGCAUCAAAUGCCACUCCUUUCUUCUCGCCUCGUGUUCCGAGUUCUUCUAUAACCUCCUGGACUCCAACAUGAAGGAGAAACAAGAGAUGAAAGUUAAUCUCCAGAAUAUUUCACUGAAGAGCUUCAAGCUCAUACUGGAUACCCUCUACACCGGAAGUGAAUUGCUGACCAAAGACAAUGUCUUGGAAAUUUGGGCAACAGUUCACGAGCUCCAAAUUGAAUUCUUAAUUCAACACUGCGAAGACUUUGUGGUGGACAAUGUCACGUUGGAAACGAUGCGCGUGUACAAAAGGCAAGCUGACAUCCUUCACUGCCAGAGUUUCUCUGAUCGCGUCUUCCCGUUUAUGCUUGAUAACUUCAUGAGUUUAAAAAAAACUGAAUCCUUUUAUGAAUUGGAUCUGAAAGAAAUGACAAAACUAAUCGAGAGUGACCAGCUUGUGGUCAGCUCGGAAGAUCACGCCUUGUAUUCAAUCUAUGAUUGGGUCAGUCAUGGGGAAAAGACAGCUCCGAAUGUCCAGGAAGGGGAUGAAAUUGCUACGGUGAACAACUUAGCAACAUUAGCUAAAGUCGAUGUUGCUGAAGCUUGCUCUGAUAUUAUCUCUCUCGUUAUCGACAAGGAGUUAGAAACUAAAGACGAAGAGGCUUCAAUAGGUUUAAGGAACGAGAGAGCUCUUUAUCUGCAUCAACUUCUAAAUAGCAGCAGGUACCUUCUAGCCUCCGAGGCUUGCAUCAAGAAUCUUUUGAUGAAUAAAUUAACCCAGGACAACGCAAAGGUGAAGAGGCUUUUGUCACAGGCGAAAGAGUAUAAGCGUCGCAGCAAUCUCAGUGGCUUUUGGCCAGAUGCAGCUAUUCACCGUGACUGUAGUCACAUGGAACACGUUGGCGUCAAUUGUGGAAGUAUCUUCGAGGCCUAUUCUUUUAAGAGACAAAAAUGGUUUUUCGUUCUAUCCGGCGGCGACCUCUCCUAUGGCGCUCUCGUUGUAAACUUAAACGGCCAACUCUACGGUUAUAAAACGGGUGAGAAAGGUAAUGAAUUGGAUCAUUAUUCAAACGAUAAAUGGGUCAGGGUGUUAACCCUAAAUAACAACGUCCUCCAGCUUUUAGCGCAUGACAAUUGUAUUUACAUGCUAAACGACAACAUGACACUAACAAAAUGUCAGCCCAACAACCAGACGACAAUCUCGGAACCGUACAGCCCAGAGACCGACAUUUUUCAACACUCAAUUAUCAAUGCGAAGUAUGCCAUGAGUUUCCACAGCAAUAUCCUCGUCUUUGAGUCAGUGGGGAACAACAACUCGGCGAAAACGGCAGUCCACUCGUGGCACGUGCAAAACAAUGACUGGACCUACGUGACCGAACUCGAGUUCAGCGCUGACAAAAUGACCAGCUUCAACGAUGACCACUUCUACUACAUCUUGGACAAAGCGGGGUUCUUGUAUAGAGUGGAGGAAGCCGAGUCUGUUCAUUUCUCUUUCAUUGAACAAAUAUGGGAUUUCAGGGUCGCACUGAACGGAGCUGUCCUGUUCAAGAAGGCGUUGUACGUGUGCGGCGAGCAGCGAGGGGAAGGGUAUUAUGUUACAAAAGUGGAGAAAAUCUAUUCCUCCUUAAAAUUUCUGAAUAAUAGAUGUUCAGGGCGGAAUUUUAUUCCCUUACUGUUUGAAAAAUCUGAGCUGACUAGCUGGCCGUAGAUUUUAUCUUUACAAAGGAAAUGCGACAGACGGCGCCAUUCUCUGUGGCCUGGAUAAGUUAACAUUUUGAACAGAAGUUGACCCAACUUGUCUACGUCCGGCAAAAUUAGGGCAAACUAUAAUGAGUUUCGUGUCCUCAUCAUUGUAAUGUUUACUUUGUAACACAUGUCUGACAGUGUCAUCAUUGUAAUGUUUACUUUGUAACACCUGUCUGACAGUGUCAUCAUCAUUGUAAUGUUUACUUUGUAACACCUGUCUGACAUGUGUCUUGACCGAAAAGUGGAUUUUAAAAUGAUGUUUUGAUUUUAAUCAUCUAAUUUCAGAGAACGUCUGUCGAAUAAAGCAAAAACUGUA